AUGAGGAGCAGUCGUUCUCUCAAUAGACUUGACCAGAGAGCUACCGGAUGUGAUGUGGACGCAAAUGCUCCUCACAGCAACAAAUCGAAACUUAAUAUUAAGAAUGACAACAAAGUGGAGUAUCAAGACAACGGCUCGCAAACAAACACAUGCUGUGAAGGUGCAAAAGAAGAGAUCAAGCUGCAGCAAAAGAUGGAGGAAACAUCUGCUGACAUAAGCUCUGUGUCGUCUCCCAGCUUGUCGCCCACCUCCUCACCCUGCACUGACUCGCCAUUAUCUCAUUUCAAUCCGACACAGCAAACGGAAGAAGUGGGCUCUCCAUAUUCAUCAUCAUGUGUGAUCCAAUCAAAUGAAGACAGUUCUGAUCAAGAGCGUCGUCCUUCUGAGGAAGACAGAGAGCGACUUGUCAAAGAGUUGGAAAAAACACAGAUGGAACUGUCUCGGAUUCAGCAGCUAAACAGAAAACUGCAAGAUGAAAUCAAGAUGCAAGAUGAGAUUCAUUUAAGCGAAAAGAAUGAUCUUCUGCUCAAUUCUAACGUAUCAUCAGAUCCAGCUUCGGCGUUGCACCAACUGCAGAAGAUGAACUGCGAACUCCGUGUUGAUAUAGAGGUGCAAAAGAGAAUACAGGAGGAAGCCAGGGAAGCCGAUCUACGUCAGCGAGUGGAGCUCUUAGCUCAACAAGCGCAGGUGCUUGUGACAGGAGAUGCCACGGCGCUCGCUCAGGUCCAUCUAGAGCAAGAACGUAGAUGGUUCCACGAGCAAAAGAUGGAGUGGGAACGUUCCCUCACCUCUUUGAAGAACCAGCUGAGCUUCAGUGAAGACAAGAGGAAAGAGUCAGAGUUGCGCAUGACGCGGUUACAAGAGGAGUCGUACAGUCACCAGCUUCUCCAGGAUGAGGCUCAGGAGCUGAGGAAGGCUCUCCAAGAGGCUACAACGCAACUCCGCACCAACGAGGAUGCCCAAGCUCAAAAAGAGACACUCCUGCAGAAACAUCUCAUGCUCCUUCAAGCAAGCCAGGACAGAGAACGGAAGAGUUUGGCAGCCAGCUUGGCGAGGGCGGAGCAACACUCUCAAGAACUUCAGAAGAGAUUGGAUCAAGCUGAGGAGCAAGUGGAGAGCUUGACUAAGGUGUGGAGUAGGGACAUUGAGGACACCCGAGAACAACUCCGAGAGGAGUUAGCUUCUUCAGCGGCUGCUGUGCAAAAGUAUCGAGAUGAAAAAGAACAGAUGGAGCAACAAUGCCAAGAGCUGCAGAAUCUUCUGACGGAGGAACGUCAGGAAAAAAGCAGGUUGCAGGAUUGUUUGGAAACAGAAGAGACAUACUAUCAGGAUCUUAAACAUUCAUAUGAGAAGAUCACAGAGGAACUGCUGACGGUUUUGGAGAAGGCGCAACAAAGGGAAACUGAAGUUCAGGAAAUACGAAACGGCUUUGAGAGGCUCCUGGAUGAAAAGGAGCAAGAGAUGAAUGAGGUGUUGCUGAAGAUGGAAGUCUUAGGUAACAGUUUGGAGGAGACGGAAGCACAACUCAAUGAAAAGCUCAAGGUUUGUGGCUCUUCUCAUGUGGAGGAGGAAUCUUUGGAGGCCGUCCAGCACGAGGAGGAGGAGAUGGUGGAGCCCGCAAGUGACAGCACGUCAGAGGAACGAGACCAGAACCACCAUCAUCACGCAAGAAUCCGAUCCUACUCACUUGGCCCAUCGCACCAGUACAUCAUCACCGCAGGAGACGACCCGGAACGCUUUACAUCGGCCAUCCAGCUACUUGAAACAAAACUUUUCGUAACAGAGGAGAAAUUACGGGAAAUCACCGAGCGACUGGAGGAGCACCAGGAUCACGAGACCAACCCGGACCCCCGUCUUAACUCCCAGCUCACUCACAGCCGAGCCUCGGCCCAGCAUCUCGCCCUGCUGCUUCACAGCCGGGCCAGUCAGAACCAGCGCUUCGCUCAGGAGACGGAAAAUCUUUGCAGGCUUUUGGCCGGCCGCUUUCAACUUGCCCUAAAUAUUCUCCAAAGUUGCCGAGAGAAACUUCAAACCACGAGGACGGAAUGA